GGACAUUCGCAUCCUCUUGAUAUCUGACCACGUAUAUGCUCACCCAACACUUAUACCACACUGCUCUACGACUUCGAGCUUGACAAGAGCAUAUACACCUCGCAUCCAAUCGAGGAUGUCCACCAUAGCUUCACUUCCCUCGUCGUCGAGGAUACCGCCCACCACUCCUCGAUCAGCCACUUCCGCCACUGCUUCCACCUCAGCCACUGCUUCCACCAGUAAACCUACCAGCUCAAUACCCACCGUUGACAGUCUCACCUCUGACCUUAACAGGUCUCAGCUCGGAGGUCCCUUGGGCGAAGAGGGAGAUGAUGCAACUUCUGCGCCAGCCGAUCCGAGAAGCUAUAAGGAGCAGCUGCUCGGUAUAGGCGUAGCACCCGAAGCAGAUGGCGAUACUACGACCGGGAGCAGUGGAGGCGAGGAGCGUCCUUCCCUCGCCACCUUACUCGCUCGUAGAGUGCUUACACAUGGAGGCGAGUCCGUCCUUCUCAUCGGCAAAGAGCGAGACGGGAGCGAUAUGCCUCUCUCACCUGAAGAGUACAGCACUAUCCUCUCCAAUGUCAAGGACGCAGCCAAGGAAGUUGGAUGUGAGGCGGCAAUUUUGCUUGAGAAGAAGGAGGAGAGAAAGGCGUGGAUCAUGCUUAGGCUGAUACCUACGGCACCGCAAGACUUUGUUGAGAUUCGAGUGGCAUGCGUGGGUAAUGUCGAUGCGGGCAAGAGUACUACAUUGGGGGUCUUGACAAAAGGAGGGCUGGACGAUGGAAGGGGAAAAGCGAGAGUGAACCUCUUUCGCCACAAGCACGAGAUUGAAAGCGGUCGGACAAGCAGUGUAGGAAUGGAACUCCUGGGCCUCACUGCUACCGGCGAGCAUGUCAUGGGCAUCGUAGGAUCCAAAGAGGAAGGCAGGAAACUCUCCUGGGAGGAGGUCUGUGCUAGAUCGGCCAAGAUCGUCAAUUUCCUCGACUUGGCAGGCCACGAGAGGUACCUGCGCACCACCAUCGGCGGUCUGACUGCCAAUCUCCCCGAGUAUGGAAUGCUCAUGGUUGGCGCUAACGCAGGCUUGAUUGGGAUGUCCAAGGAGCACCUCGGAGUGGCCCUCGCCCUCUCCAUCCCAGUCUUCGUCACAAUCACCAAGAUCGACAUGUGCCCUCCACAAAUCCUUGAGGCCACAAUCAAGCAGCUGAGUAAAGUGUUGCGCUCUCCAGGAUGUCGCAAGACGCCCGUCUUCAUUGAGAACAUGGAGCAGGUCGUAGACUGUGCGCUCAGGCUCGGGACGGACAGGAUCUGCCCUAUCUUUCAGAUCUCAAAUGUCACGGGACACAAUUUGGACCUGCUGAGGAGCUUCUUGAACGUCUUGCCUCAGUCGAAUAUCUCGAAGUAUGACGCUGGCAAGCCUUUUGAGCUGCAGAUCUCGGACAUAUUCAGUGUACCAUUCGUGGGUACGACAGUAUCGGGGGUGAUUACGAGCGGAUCAGUCAAGAUCGGAGACAGUCUCCUCAUCGGACCUGACUCGCUGGGUCAGUUCAUCCAGACUGCAGUACGAUCCAUUCAGAGGAAACGAGUCAAUGUUGAAUCCGCCGUCGCAGGUCAAUCCGCCUCUUUCGCCCUGAAGCGUGUGCGCCGCAACCAGGUACGAAAAGGCAUGGUGAUGAUCGCUAAGUCCGAUGUCCCACCCCAAGCCUAUCUAGUCUUCGAUGCCGAAAUCCUCUGCUUGCACCACGCAACCACCCUCUCCGUCGGCUCGUGCAUGGUGCUCCACGCGGCGGGCAUUAGGCAGACGGUGAGGAUUACCGCAAUUGCUAAGAUGGACGGUAGCACAACAGAGGAUGAGGCUGCUGCGAGCGCUAGCAGCAAUGCCAAUGCCGGUAACAGUACCGCGUCGACUGCUGCUUCCGGCGCUACUACUACUACUACCACCACUCUCAGAGCAGCCGGCGGAGGCGACGAGAAGCCCGUCAUCCGCACAGGAGAUCGAGCACGACUGCGACUGCAGUUUAUUCGUAGUCCAGAAUUCGUCAAGCCUGGAGUGCGAUUGAUUACCCGCGAAGGAAGGACCAGGCUGAUUGGACGCAUCGCCGCGUACGGAGCUCAAAGGGUGAUGCAGAGAGGGGGGUGAGGAAGGACCGACGUCCUUUGGCAGAAGGCUGGCAGACAUUAGGUAGCUUUCAACUAUACAGACUGUCACAUACAUCACACAUCAUGCGCUCUUUGCAUCAGAGAAGCUCGCUUCUACAUCCAAUGUAUUGUACAGAUAAGCAGAAUUGCGCAAUGUCUGCCUGAAUAGAUUCCUUGUGGCGC